GAUACCUAUUGUUCAUGGCUCAAAUCACUCCACUAAAGGACUCUUGAGAUUAAAUUUUAAUCAAUUUUAAACAAACUCAAGAGCAACUGAAAGUCAAGAAAAUCUGCUGGUCAAGUGAGUUACAAAGGACUUCAGGCAAGCUCCAAAGAACAGACAUGGGGAUACUUUAUUCAGAGCCCAUUUGCCAGGCAGCUUAUGAUAAUGACUUCAAUCAAGUUCAACUGUUGCUGGAAGAGAAUAGCAAUUUUUUAAACAUUCAAGACAGCUGUGGUGGAGACACACCCCUAAUCUGUGCCUGCAGACAGGGACACAACAGAAUAGUCAGUUACCUUUUGAAAUGGAACGCUGAUGUGAACAUCAGAAACAAGAAAGACCGCACAUGUUUGCAUUAUGCUGUGAGAAAACGGUUUAGUUUCCUUGACUACCUGCUCAUUAUCAUCCUAAUGCCCAUUCUGCUUAUUGGUUAUCUUAUCAUGGUAUCAAAAACUAAGCAGAAUGAAAACCUAAUCAAGAUGUUACUUCGAGCUGGCACAGAUGUUAAUGCUACAGACUAUUCUGGUAGCACAGCCCUUCACUAUGCCUGUGAAAUGAAAAAUCAGUCAGUUGUUCCUCUACUACUUGAAGCCCAUGCAGACCCUUCAAUAAAGAAUAAGAAUGGGGAAUCUCCACUGGAUAUAGCAAGAAGAUUAAAGUUCACCAACAUUGAAUAUGUGUUAAAGAAGGCAUCCUAGUCCUUAAUGAGAUGAUGUUAAGGGUGUUAGGCAUGAAAAAAAAAUCUACUUAUCUGGGCACUCCCUGUUGUACAAGGAUGCCAUGGAGACAUUGUUUUUGUUUAAGAUGUGAUGUUUUCUGCAGUCAUGUACUGUACUGGGGUGAAAACAUUAUCUAAGUUGUAUCUACUGGUAUGCAGUCAGUACAUACAACAUAUAAAAUAUAUAGCCAUGUGGUGUGCCUGGAAGGAGUUGUCUUAUUUUUAUUCUGUUGAUUUAUAAUGUUCAUGUGUUUUCCUCAACUUACCCCCUUACUUACAGUAGCAGGGAAUUUUAAAAAGUAAAAAAAUUAUUUGAAAUUUGAGGGCUAUAGAAGACAUGAUUCACAACGGAUUCAGAAAAAAAAUUUAUUUAAAUUUCAUAUUGGUUUUUAAUAGAUUGCUGGAUAUUUCUGACCACAAGACAGUUGUCACCAGUGGUCUGCAAGCCCAAUAUAUUACGUUUGUAGUUUUUCCUUUCUAAAUUUUCAUAGCUAAUGAUGGAAGACAUAGCAUGAUUCUUCAGGCAUUCUGUCAUGUGGAGCAAAGCUGCCACUCCAAGGACGCACCUCUUAUGGCUGGAUGCAAUGAUGCAGCAACUCUACCUCAGUCUCCGCCACUAUUGUUUGGCCCAGUCUAGCUGUAAGAGUGACCUGACCCUCUGGCCAGUCCACUUUAGAGUCUAGCCCUUUCCAGGGCUUCAGUCUUUUAUCAAAGUCUAACCAAACAUAAGAAAAUAAUCCAACCUUCAGCCUGGCUGGGGUCAGCAGGCCACCUCUCCCUCAUAUGUAUGUCCCAGUUACUAUAAUUUUUCUCCAAUGACACCUCCAUCCAGGGGCUGACACAUUCCUCCCCUCACUCGGGUUCAGACAGGCAGGCUGCUGCUGCUGCUCAUCUGGUCUUCUACCUCCAGUUCUCCUAGGCAAUAGCCUGUUUUCUCUUCUCACCUGUCGCUUUCUCAGCCAUCUUUCAGGCUGCUAUCAGAGAGCAGAAACUCCUCUCCUCUGGGGCUCCCUUUCAAUUGUGCGUAUCCAUCUCUAUAUAGACAUCCCCAGCUCUUCCCCAAUAACUAAGUUUUGCCACCUGAUCUCCCUUUGAUCAGAAUCAGCUGUUGGGGGUGAGGGGGAAGGAGUAGCUGAUCCAUCUCACAACAAAACUUUAAAGCUCUCCCUCCCUCCAGACAUGUGACAACACAGAACUCCCAUUUUUCUCCCUAUGGUGCUUUUUGAAGGGGAAAAUGGACAAGUAAAAUCUAAUCCUCCCAAGUAAAGAAAUAAAGGGACAGCCUCUCUCCUGUGCCAGUGAGAGAGUGCAGGAGGAGCAGGGUGGCAUCAGGGAGCUGCUUACAGCUUCCUGGUUCUCGGGUCUGGGUCAGUGCCAAUGAUGCUUAAAGCUACUCCUGGGCAGCUCCAAAUUUCACCAGCCUAGGGUCCUUAAUGGAAAAUCAAUGGAGGGUUGCUAUGGCAGACUGGAGUUCUUCCACAUCCCUUUCCUCCCCUGCCAUACCCCUAGGGCUGGCUCUAGGAUUUUUGCCACACCAAGCAAAAAAAAAUUUGCCC